UCCUGGUGAGAAAAUGAUUGAAUAAAGCAUAGAAUCAAAAGAAAAACUCUUGUCAAAUGUCCCCAACUCAGUGAGAAAGCAGAAAGGUCCCCGAACAGCUAACAUAGUAUUCAAGUUUCAACAUUGAAAAAUUCCCUUGGCGUGCGGGGAAUUCCAACCAAAUUUUUUUUCCAGGCCCCUUCUGGCCUAUUCUCAGACUUCAUAUCUAGAUAUAUACACAUAUGUACAGGCCAUUUCUCCAGCUUUUCAUUACCCUCCAGCGCCUGCUAGCUAGAUAGCUACAAACCAGGAGAGUUGCCAUUUCAGGGCGGAGAAUAUUGACAAGGAUCAUUCCCAAAGUUAAAAGAACCAUGGCAUCUACUGAUAAACCUGCCUCACCACCAAAGCCUGAAGCUCCACUACCUGCUUCUAAGUGUCCUUUCAAUUAUUCUGUUGUUGAUGUUACACUCAGGGUCUUGCUGUUUGCAGCCACGGUGACUUCUGUGGUGGUCAUGGUUAGUAGCAAGCAAACUGAGGUGGUUCCUUUGCCAACUAUGCCUACAGUUAGGUUGCCUCUUCCAGCCAAGUUCAGUCAUUCACCUGCCUUAAUAUACUUUGUAGCAGCAUUAUCUGUGACAGGCUUAUACAGCAUCAUCACCACACUGGCAUCAAUCUCAGUCGCCUUGACGCCUGCAUAUUCCAAAAGCUUCUUGCUCGUCUUUGCAUUCUUGGAUGUGGUGUUCGUGGGGAUUGUGGCCUCAGCAACAGGUGCAGCAGGGGGUGUUGCGUAUAUCGGAUUAAAGGGUAACAAUCACGUCGGUUGGAACAAAAUCUGCAAUGCUUACGACAAGUUCUGUCGACAUGUCGGAAGCUCGGUUGCAGUCUCAUUGUUUGCAGCCAUUCUGCUGGUGUUGCUUUCCAUGAUGUCCACCUUCACCCUUUACAAAAAGAUCCGUGACUAAGAUUCGUGUCCAAAUUUCAGCACCAAACAUUUGAGAAUAUUUGUGUGUUUUUAGCUUGAACUAAGUGGUGUGUUUGCCUGUGUACAUCUUCCAGGUUGUUUGUCUGUAAAUGAUGUCUAGUUUGUAUUUGUUAUCAUCUUUAUGUUGCAAUCUGUUCCCAAAUUGUUCGUAAGUUCAUUCCUGUUACGUAUUGUAAUUGAAUUGAUGAAUGACAUUUAAUCUUCUCAUACUUGAUGUUGCA